AGUGUAUCCCCAUGUUAUCAUAAUGGGACUAAUGUUUGGACUGAUUGUGGUGGGUAAAGCAGACUUUGUACCUUCAUGUCCACAAAGACGAAGAACAGCGGAUUUCUGAAAACAUCCACUAUGCUGCCGAGAGUCUUCAUCAUCUUCAUCUUCAGCCUUCAGAGCUGCUGGUCGGCUUCAGUUUUUCUGGACAAACACCAGGCUUCUGGCGUCCUGGUCCGGACCCGCCGGUACAACACCGGCUGGCUUGAGGAGAUGAAAUUGGGAGAUCUGGAGAGGGAGUGUUUGGAGGAGAAAUGCAGCUUUGAGGAGGCCAGAGAAGUGUUUGAGCACACAGAGACCACGAAUGAAUUCUGGAAGACAUACUCCAUCCCAAACAGCUGUAAGUCCGGACCCUGCCAGAACGGAGGUACCUGCGUCAAUGAGGGGUCGUCCUACACCUGUCUGUGUCUUCCUCAGUUCACAGGACUCAACUGUGAGCUUGAACACAGGACAGAGUCCGACAGUUGCUUGCUGCAGAAUGGAGACUGUGAACAUUUCUGUGAAGAAGACGCCAGUGGACGAAGAGUAGCUUGCUCAUGCGCAGACGGCUACGUGUUGGACGCCGAUGGUCGGCGCUGCAACACUAAAGAGCCAAUAGCUUGCGGGACAGUUCCUGUCUUGCAGGGAGCAAACAAAGAGGAACACCUGAGAAUCGUGGGAGGAACCGAGUGUCCAAAAGGUGAAUGCCCCUGGCAGGUUUUGCUGGUGUAUAAAGACAAAGGGUUCUGUGGAGGAGUGAUUUAUAAACCAACAUGGAUUCUCACAGCAUCUCAUUGCCUGGAGAACACUCAACCACAGUUUCUGAAAGUCAUUGCAGGUGAACACAACAUUAACGUUAACGAAUCCACGGAACAGGUCAUCCAGGUUGUUGAGAUUAUCAUGCAUGAGAACUACGUGAUAAGGACUGUGGACAAUGACAUCGCCCUCCUCCGGUUAGCCUCUCCGAUAGUCUACUCCCCGUACGUUGUCCCGGUCUGCCUGCCAACACGACCGUUGGCCGAACGCGAGCUGUGGGCGGUAGAAUGGCACACGGUGAGCGGCUGGGGCAAGCGAAGCGAGAACGGGCCCACCUCGGUCCUCCUCAGGCGCACCAAGGUGCCGCGGAUACGAACCCAGACCUGUGUGGAGGAGAGCGGUGUGGCACUCACCACGAACAUGUUCUGUGCCGGAUACCUGGAUGGAAGGACAGACUCAUGUAAAGGUGACAGCGGUGGACCCCUGGUGACCCAGUACAAGAAGACCGUGUUCCUGUUGGGAAUAGUCAGUUGGGGGAAGGGCUGCGCCCGACCGGGCAACUAUGGAAUUUACACCCGAGUGUCCAACUACCUGGAGUGGAUCCAGAACCGUACCGUAACUCCACAUCUGCCCAAAAACACUACAAAUGGCGCACUGACCAACCUGACCACCUGA